AUGGAUAUUUUACAAUUUCCUAUUAACAUGCUGAAUUAUUUCUACGAGAUAUCCGGUGUGGAAGUAGGUCAGCAUUUUUAUUGGCAAAUAGGGGGGUUUCAAGUUCAUGCACAGGUACUUAUAACUUCCUGGAUUGUAAUUGCUGUCUUAUUAGGUUCAGCUACUCUAGCUGUUCAAGAUCCACAAAUCAUUCCGAAUGGAGCACAAAUUUUUUUGGAAUAUGUUCUCGAAUUUGUUCGGGACUUGGCUAGAACUCAGAUUGGCGAAGAAGAAUAUGGUCCCUGGGUUCUUUUUAUAGGGACUAUGUUUCUAUUUAUCUUUGUUUCUAACUGGGCAGGUGCUCUUUUUCCUUGGGGAAUUAUUAAAUUACCUCAUGGGGAAUUAGCCGCACCUACAAAUGAUAUUAAUACCACAGUAGCUCUAGCUUUGCUCACAUCAGUAGCUUAUUUUUAUGCAGGUUUUACAAAGAGGGGUUUAGGCUAUUUUGGUAAAUAUAUUCAACCAACCCCAAUACUUUUACCAAUUAACAUAUUAGAAGAUUUUACAAAACCUCUAUCACUUAGUUUUCGACUUUUUGGAAAUAUAUUAGCUGACGAAUUAGUAGUUGCCGUUCUUGUUUCCUUAGUACCUAUAGUGGUACCUAUACCUGUAAUGUUCCUAGGAUUAUUUACAAGUGGUAUUCAAGCUCUAAUCUUUGCAACUCUAGCCGCAGCUUAUAUAGGCGAAUCCAUGGAGGGUCAUCAUUAAUUCAAUUAAUUGGACUCAGUCUUUUCUAACUUUUCAUUUCGAUUCUCCCUUGUAUAAUCAUAAAUGAAAAUACUUCAUCUCUAAGAUCUUAGUAGAAAAAUUAAGGAUCGCUAAUCCCGUCGAUAAAAUUCAUAGAUAGAAUAGAUCCUAUUUGUAGAUUCAUAUCUACAUAGUAAAAUGAAUAGGUUUACUAAUGGGAAUUAGUUUAGUAAACUGUGUACCCCGGUGUGGAACAAUGCAUUUUUCGAUUUCGAAGG